CCAAUAAGACAGUGUGCAAUUUGAGAGCGCGAUAGUCAGAAGAAAUAAUAAUAAGAAGAAAAUAAUGUUAAUUAAUAAUAAUUAUUAAUAGUAAAGGGGUACUCUGCAAGAAACUCCAAAUUUUUACAACGAAUCAUAAAGCUCAAUUAAAGGGAAAUAAGACAGCGAAAUAGACAUCUGCUUGAAAAUUACGUGUGUGACCAGCCAGCCAAGUUAAAGGUGAAAAAACGGAUAUUGAUUUUUCCAACGAAAUAUCCAAGCUGCUGUUUUAUAAAUAAAAUAAUAUAAUUAAAAGAAAACAACAAACAAUCACAAAUACAGUCCAUUAAGCCUCAUAAUCACAAUUGAGCAAAUUUCGCUGUUAUAACAAAUUUAUAAAGUUCCAAAGUAUAGCAAAAAAACCUUGAGCUUGGAAAAAUAAAUUUAUUAGUGUGACAUAAAAAUUGAAAUAACAGAGUUUGUUUGUUUGCCUCCAAGCGACCUCAUUUCCUAACUGAGUUCUACGCAGAACCACAACAACAAAAACAAGAAUCGCAAACAGAGGAUAAGUAUUUUAGUAGUAUUUCAACUCCUCAUCAGUGAAUAGUUGCUCUUCUUCCCCAAAGAAAAAAGAAAAAGAAGUUGAAAGUAACAAGCAAACCAAAGAAAAAAAAAGGAAAAGAGGAGCCGAGCAACAGACGCACGUUACCCAUUGAAGGCAAGAACGCUGGAAAAUGCCUCAGGCGGAAGGUGGCUAUGUGUCCCUUGAGGGAACAGGUGCCAACAAUAAUGGCCAGUCCAUAUACCAGUCCACCACAGAGCCCACGGGGCCUGUGUCGGUGUUCGAGUCCGUCAAGAGGGCCAUAGGUCAAGUGGUGGGAGCUGGCAAUGCUCAUGAUUCCGAUUCUGAUUUGCUCAAUGGCAGUGGUCGCCAACCUGUCAUAAUUGGUUCAAGAGACCGGGAUAAAACGGGUAAGACACUCAACACCAAGAUGCCAUCAGCACCAGCACACACUGCCGAGGAGGCUCGUCUUCUGGGAACCAUGCCUGUUGAUCCCAUGGAUGAUAUUGAGCUUCGCUCUGUCCAACUACAAUUCCCCCAUGCUCGCGGCUCUAUUGUGGACUCUUGCGAUCAGAGACGUAUUACCACCGAUAAAGGUGAAAUAUUGGUGGCCAUACAGGGUGAUACAUCGAAACCAGCUAUUUUAACCUAUCAUGAUUUGGGUUUGAACUAUGCCACUAGUUUUGCUGGCUUUUUCAAUUUCCCUCUGAUGCGUGGUUUAUUGGAAAACUUUUGUGUUUAUCAUGUAACCGCACCGGGUCAGGAAGAAGGUGCCCCUACUUUACCAGAGGAUUAUAUCUAUCCAACCAUGGACGAUCUUGCCAAUCAAUUGCAAUUCGUUUUAUCCCAGUUUGGUCUCAAGUCCGUUAUUGGUUUUGGCAUUGGCGCUGGCGCUAAUAUACUGGCACGUUUUGCCUUGGCCCAUCCGGACAAAGUUGGAGCCAUGUGUCUCAUCAAUUGUGUGUCAACACAAUCGGGCUGGAUUGAAUGGGGCUAUCAGAGUUUCAAUGCUCGUUUUCUACGCACCAAAGGCAUGACUCAAGGUGUUAUCGAUUAUCUGAUGUGGCAUCAUUUUGGACGCAAUCCUGAGGAACGAAACCAUGAUCUGGUGCAAGUCUACAAGCAGCAUUUCGAGCGUGGUGUAAAUCCCACCAAUUUGGCCAUGCUGAUUAACUCAUAUAUACACCGCAACGAUUUGAAUAUUGCUCGUACUCCACCAGGUACCCCAGGCACAGAGCCAUCGGCGGCAACUUUGAAAAUGCCCAUAAUGAAUAUCACGGGAGCCUUGUCACCACAUGUUGAUGAUACUGUGACAUUUAAUGGCCGUUUGGAUCCCACCAACUCCACCUGGAUGAAGAUUUCGGACUGCGCCAUGGUUUUGGAGGAACAACCAGCGAAAUUGGCCGAAGCCUUUAGGCUUUUCUUACAAGGCGAAGGCUAUGCUACACCACUCUCGACACCAGCUUCAUCACCUUGCGGUACCAAAUACUUGUCCUAUUCCAAUAUCUUCUUUGCUAAUUUCAAAGAGGAGCAAGAACGCAUUUUGGCCGAGAAACUUAAACAGCAGCCACCACCAACUCGUAUACGUACCAAUACACGAUUGUGCCGUGAGACGGCCAUUAACAACAACAAUGAGAGCACUUCGUCACAGUCCACAGAUGAUGCAUUGACCUCGCACCAGGACUCCGUUCUGGAUAAUGGCAAUGAAACUGCCCAGUCAUCAUAUGACACAAACAAUCCCGACUUGUUGGAGAAUCUCAAUGGUGAGGGGGAACAAUGCUCAUUGAAUAAACAUUCGAUCAAGGGAGCCUACUCAGCUGCUGCCGCUGCCUCCUCCAAUGUAACCGUUACCACUGGUCAAUCGAAAAAGAUACGUAUUACCGAGAAUCCACUGCCUGAACCUGUGAGCUGUUAAACAGCUUCUCCCCACAACCCCUCCUAUACAACACAUCUAUACAGCAACAACAAACAUCCUUGGUUAACUCUAUACAAGUCAUAUGCAGAGAAUAGCUAUCUCCCAUAUAUUCCUCUAUUCCUUAAUUUUAGUAUAAUUUUUCUAUACUUUGUAGAGUACCAACAUAUGUAGACACUCAUAGAAAAGAUUACUUUAAUCUGGAUCUAAUAUAUGGUCCUGGCUAUGGAGCCUUUUACAAUUAUUUUUGAUAUUAGAAAUUCUCACCUAUACUUAAUGAAACAAUGUUUAAAUUGGUCAAAAGUUAUAACUUGUGUAGUAGAAUAAACACUCUAAAAUAUUUUUUAGAUAGAGCUUAAGCGGCUUUUUAUAAAACAAAAAACACUAAACUAGAAUAACAGCACAAACCAACAACGUUUCCUAAAAAAAGAAAAAUAAUUUUUGAAGAAAUUCCAUAAGUUCAGACAUCAUUCCUACUGCACCCUUCUACUAG